AUGGGAUUCCGAAGACUUUUAGGAUCAUUGGUGUGCUUCUCAGAACUAGUUUUCUUUGUUUUAUCAGACCGGCCAUUGUGCGUGGGCAAUAAGGUGGUAGCUUCUCUGGACGCAUCUCAAAGGGUCACACCAUUGAACGACAAGGGGGAACUACUAAAAUCACAAGGGGGGGAAUGCUACUGUAAUAGAGCCGGAGAUGAUAAUAUCUACCUAUCAUGCGUAGAAAAUCUUUGGCCAGCUAUCGCCCAGCAACCCCCAGACAAACCUAUGAUGUGCGCAACAGGAAGAAAUGAGGAGGGCAAAGCAGAAUGCCCGCAGAUUUCAAAGGAGUAUCUGAGUUUGCUCAAAGGCUACGAUAUCGCCACCUUGGAGAAGGGCACCCAACAGACUGCCAUUUGUGACAAGAAUUCAGGCGAGAAACUAGGAGUCAUGGAGCAAGGCCUGUUCCAACGAGAUGCUGGAAUUGAAAACAAUUACUACCAAGCAGUCUCAGGCUGCUCUUGCGGGAAGGCUGAGAGCGCCAAAGAGCGUACAAUGAAGUGUAAACCAUGGCCCAAGUCUCUGUCUGUGAGCUACCACGACAAUGAUCCCAACGUGAUUUGUGUCGACGGGCUUCGCUGUCCUAAAAGCAAAUAG